AUGGCGGAGCGCGGAGUCUCGCUGCCGGACCAGUUGGUUGGCUUCUCGAACUUCAAGCGCCAUAACCCCAAGACGGACCGCUUCGAGGUGCUAGAUUUCCACCACGUGGAGUUCUGGUGCGGCGACGCGACGAGCACGUCGGGCCGCUUCUCCUGGGGCCUCGGCAUGCCGCUCGUCGCGAAAUCCGACCUCACGACGGGUAACCAGACGUACUGCAGCUACGUUCUUAAAUCGAACGACCUCGUGUUUGUCUUCUCCGCGCCGUACGGCGACCACGUGGCGCAGGCCGCCGCCGCGGGGUCGACGCCGCCGCCGGCGGCGGCGCCGGCGCCGGCGACGAACGGCGCGCCGCUGCCGUGGUUCGAGCGGCAGCAGGCGUCGGAGUUCUUCGCGCGGCACGGGCUGGCGGUGCGCGCCGUGGGAGUGAAAGUGACGGACGCGCAGGCGGCGUAUGAGACGAGCGUGGCGCACGGCGCGACGGGCGUGGUGCCGCCGACGAAGCUGGUGGACAGCAAGGACGGCGGGUCCGUGACUGUAGCAGAAGUGGCUCUAUACGGCGACGUGGUCCUUCGAUACGUGACCCAGCACGCCUCCUACUCCGGCCCCUUCCUCCCCAACUACGCGCCCGCCUCCAACGCCGUCUCGUCCUACGGCCUCACCCGUCUCGACCACGCCGUGGGAAACGUUCCCAAGCUUCUCGACACCGUGCGACACAUUCUGAACUUCACGGGGUUUCAUGAAUUCGCGGAAUUUGUUGCGGCAGACGUGGGGACGCUGGAUAGCGGGCUGAAUUCCAUGGUGCUUGCGAAUAACGCGGAGAAUGUUUUGUUUCCGAUUAACGAGCCGACGUUCGGCACGCCGCGGAAAUCGCAGAUCCAGACGUACCUGGAGCACAACGAAGGGCCGGGAUUGCAGCAUCUCGCGCUCUCGUGCACGGAUAUCAUCGCGACGCUGCAGGAGAUGCGCGCGCGGACGGAGCUGGGGGGGUUUGACUUCAUGCCGCGGCCGUCGGCGAAUUAUUACAAGGAGCUGCCGAAGCGGAUUGGGCCGGAUAGCGGGUUAUCGGAGAAGCUUAUAAAGGAUUGCGAGACACUGGGAGUGCUGGUGGAUAGGGAUGAUCAAGGUGUGCUACUGCAGAUCUUCACACGACCUGUGGGGGAUAGGCCCACACUGUUCCUGGAGAUUAUUCAGCGUGUGGGGCGGCCCAAUCAUGGCGGCUUGGGUGGCUCUUGCGACGGAAACCGAGUCGUGAAGGACGGAUUUAACGAUUUCCGGAAGCGGAACGCUGGCCGCGUUCCGCGGGCGGCUUUUGCUGUCUGCAGUGCAGCACGCGCGGACGACGAUGAUAAUGACGCGGGGAGCUCCGCGGAACUCGCGUCCGCGGCGGAGCGGAAGGCGGGGAGGCGACUAGCGGGUUCCUUUGGCGCGGAAAUGCGACGGGAUGAGAUGGAGAGAGGAGAGUGGCGGAGAGAAGAGACUGGGAGAGGAGAGAGCGAGGGAGGAAGAACCGGUGAGAGGGACGGGGAGUUGGAGGAGGGGGAGACGGAAGGAGGGAUGGUGGAGCGGGAGAGGGAGACGAAGGACGGCGGCUGGCCAUGGAGGGAAGAGGAGCAAGCGGCGUGGCCCGUGCCGCGUGUAGUGGACUCAAAAGUCAUUCUUAAAGACUUCCUGAGUGUGCGCAGGGACGUUCUCGCCCUCCCCUCCGGCCGCUCCUCUCCCUACCUCACAGUGUUUGCACGCCCCCUCGCCGUUGCUGUGGUCGCCACGGCUGCUGACAACAAAGUGGUCGUGAAUCAAGAGUACCGGCAUGCAGUGGGGGCGUAUGUGCUGAGCCUGCCAGGGGGAGUGAUGGACGCAUGGGAGACGGCAGAGCAGGCGGCAGUGCGGGAGCUUGAGGAGGAGACAGGGUUUGUGGGGCGGGGAGCAGAGGUGAUAGGCUCAUGCCGCCCUCUCCCUGGUGUGUGGCAGCAGAAGGUGUUGUUUGUGCAUGUUCAGAUCAACGAUGGUGAGCGAAGAAGAGCAACGGCAAGGGAAGGCACAGAGACACUAAUGCACACAAGCCUUGUACCGCUUCACGACAUUGCCGCAAGCAUUAAAGCGGGAGUUGAGGUAGAUGGUGUGCUGCUUUCUGGCUUUCCGGAUGCUGGCGCUGCGAGUGCGAGUGGAGCCGGAAAUGCCGCCGCGAUUGGCGGCGGGACUGGCGGCGGCGCAGCUGUAGGGAGCUAUGCGCACGGCACGGGGAGGGCGCAUGGUGGGGGUUAUGGCGGAGGCGCGGGAGGGUACAGUACAGGGGGGACCGGGGGAGCAAGCGCGGGGGGAAGGGGAGGCGCUGGGGGGAGCAGCACCAGCCGCGCAUCCUCCCUUGACGCGCCUGGGGCUUCCGCUGUGCGCAUUCUAAGGGAUGACAGGGCGGGGGGAGGCGCGGGCGCAGGGGGAGGCGCGGGGGCAGGGGGAGGCGCGGGGGCAGCGGGGGCAGAUGCGGAAGGCGAGGGGAGGGGGGGCGCUCUCAGACAACACGGACUUCACAGUGCUGGCAGUGGUGGGUCCGCCCUCCCUCUCCCCCUUCCCCCUCAGCCUGUUUCCUUCAUGCUCUCUCACGCAACAUGGUCUCUCCCCCUUUCCCCCCCUUCCCUCCCCUCCCAUCAGGCCCUCUCAGACAACACGGACUUCACAGUGCUGGCAGUCGUGGGUCCGCCCUCCCUCGGCAAGUCAUCGCUUCUUAACGCCCUUGCUGCCGCUCACAUCCCCGCCAGUGCUGCCGCUGCUGGGCCUCUGGGAGGGGUGUUUGCGGUGGGCGGGGAGGAGCAGGUGUUGGCAGGGCGGCACUGCAGCAGUGGUGUGGAGGCGCAUGUGACCUCGGAUAGGCUGUUGCUCAUAGACACGCAGCCCAUCAACAGCGCCUCUAUCCUCCUGGACGUCGCUCGUGCGGACGGAACCGCCAGCAUUGACAUCAUCCCUCCUCUUCCUCCUCCUCCUGCCGCCGCUGCUGUUGCUGAUGGUGAUGCUGCUGCGGCUGCUUAUGCUGGGGAGGCUGGGGAUUCUACUCUGAUCAGUGCUGAGCUCGCACAUACCAUCAUGGGACUGCAGCUAGGGGUAUUCCUCUUCUCCGUGUGUCACCUGGUGAUCGUGGUGUGUGAUGGGAUAAACGAUCGCGCCACCUGGGAGUACAUCCAGACCGGGGAGAGCUGCAGUUGGGUGGGGGAUGAGGUGGUGUUGGGGAAGGAGGGCGAGGAGAGCUUCACUGCCGAUGCUCUCUUUGUCUUCGCCAGAGUGCCCCCUUCUGAAUUCACACCCGGUCAGCUCUCCUCCUCCCUCUCGCACCUCUCCUCCCUCCUCGCCCACACCACUCUCCUCACCCCGCCCUCGCGACUCAUCACCCCUCCUCUCCCUUUCACCUCGCCUCCUCUCACCCCUCCUCUUCUAUUCCCGCUCGGGUCUGAUCCUAAGCAUGCACAAGAAGCCAUUCCCAGAGCCAAUAACGGAGAGGGAGUGGGCGAUGAGAGCAGCAGCAGCAUGGGCCGCUGUGCGCGCAUCACCCCUCAUCGCACAAUUUGCUCACUUCCUCCAAGCGUCUUCGCUCUUCCAACAGCCAUAGGCUGUUGCAGGGCUCUUUAA